UCCAUCAUCAUUCAUGGGAUAAUUUAACACUCAAAUCCAAAUUGACUAUUUCUCAAACCAUUUGAACCUAGUUUUCCAGCAUUCACAUUCUUUCCUCCUAUAUCAAUCAAUCAAAUCGGAGUUUUUGUCAAAGAAGGCAUGAAUGUCAAGAUAGCUAUAGGAAUAGCUGAUAGGAAACUGUUGGUGAAGGACCGGACAAUAUUAACAAAUGUGUCCGAGAAUGUGGUAGCAACGUCUAGUUCAGCGGCUGGUAUGGUCGAGGGGUUGUUUUUGGGUGCAGUAUUUGAUCAAGAUGACAGUCGACAAGUCGUGCCACUAGGAACAUUACGUGAUGUUCACUUCUUGGCAUGCUUCAGAUUCAACUUAUGGUGGAUGACUCAGAAAAUGAGCGACAAGGGCCGUGAUAUUCCCAUGGAAACACAGUUCUUGCUGUUAGAAUCAAAGAAUGGAUCCUCAGAUAAUAAUGAAAUUAUUUAUACUGUUAUCCUGCCUUUAGUUGAAGGGCCAUUUAAAGCUAGUCUUCAGGGGAAUGACAAGGAUGAGGUGGAGUUGUGUUUAGAGAGUGGGGAUAUGAAGACUGUUGGAUCGGUGUUUGGCCAUUCGGUGUAUAUUAGUGCCGGUACUGAUCCAUUUGAGACCAUACACGAGGCUAUGAGGGCUGUGAAGUUGCAUCUUGGGACAUUCAGGCUAAGGCACGAGAAAAAAUUGCCCGGGAUUGUGGAUUAUUUUGGGUGGUGCACGUGGGAUGCUUUCUACCACGAAGUGACUCAGGAAGGGGUCGAGGCCGGCCUCAAAAGUCUCUCAGCUGGUGGAGCUCCUCUCAAGUUUGUCAUCAUCGAUGAUGGUUGGCAAACAGUUGGAUUUGAUGAUGAUAAAACACAACAACAUAAACAACUUAUUCUUCCAAUGUUGAGGCUUACUGGGAUUCAAGAAAAUGAAAAAUUUCAGAACGAAGUUGAUCCCACUGCUGGAAUGAAGAAUAUCGUCAACAUUGCGAAAGAAAAGUAUGGUUUGAAGUAUGUGUACAUUUGGCACGCUAUUACAGGUUAUUGGGCUGGGGUUCGGCCCGGUGUGAAGGAAAUGGAGGAAUAUGGAUGUUUCAUUCAGUAUCUAAACUUGUCCAAGGGAGUGGUAGAGAAUGAACCAAGGUGGAGAAAUGAAGCAAUUGUAGUAGAGGGGUUGGGUUUAGUGAAUCCCAAGAAUGCAUACAAGUUUUACAAUGAUUUGCACAGUCAUUUAGCCUCUGCUGGAAUAGAUGGGGUGAAAGUUGAUGGCCAAUGCUUAUUAGAGACCCUUGGGACUGGUUUGGGGGGUCGUGUCCAGUUAACCAGCCAAUAUCAGCAAGCAAUUGAUGCUUCUGUUGCUAAGAAUUUUCCAGAUAAUGAAUGCAUUGCCUGCAGGAGCCACAACAUUGAUUCAUUUUACUGCUCAAAACAAACUGCUUUAGUGAGAGCAUCGGAAGGUUUCUCCCCACUCAAACCAAUAUCACACACGAUCCAUAUUGCUUCAGUUGCAUACAAUAGCAUCUUCCUUGGAGAAUUCAUGCUCCCAGAUUGGGACAUGUUCCAUUCUCUCCAUCCGGCAGCCGAGUACCAUGGAUCAGCAAGGGCUAUCAGUGGUGGACCUGUCUAUGUUAGUGAUGCACCAGGGAAGCACAAUUUUGAUCUUCUCAAGAAGCUUGUUCUUACCGAUGGAUCAAUUCUUCGAGCACAACUUCCUGGUCGGCCUACCAAGGAUUGUCUAUUUUCUGAUCCUACACGAGACGGUGUUAGUUUAUUGAAGAUAUGGAACAUGAACAAGUAUACUGGAGUACUUGGUGUAUACAACUGCCAAGGUGCAGCAUGGAAUAUUGUUGAGAAAAAGAAAACAUUCCACCAAACUAAAUCUGAAGCAAUAACAGGCUAUUUCAGGGGAGAUGAUGUCCAUCUCAUUUCUGAAGUUGCGUUGGACUCCAGCUGGAAUGGCGACUGCAUUGUGUACUCUCACCGGGGUGGAGAUCUUGUCACUUUGUCUCACAAUGUUUCUAUGCUCGUGUCACUCAAGGUCCUUGAGCACGAGAUUUUUACCAUUACACCAGUUAAAAUACUGGCAUCCAGGUUCAGUUUUGCACCUUUGGGUCUCAUUGACAUGUUCAACUCGGGUGGAGCAAUUGAAGGGCUUAAAUAUGAAGUUAUAGGAAAGGGAUAUGAAGGUAAUGCUGAAGAGAGACUACAGAAUUUGAGCAUAGAAGUGGUUGCGUUAGUCUCCAUGAAGGUAAAGGGCUGUGGGCGCUUUGGAGCAUACUCAUCGGCUAAGCCUAGAAAGUGCAGAGUCGAAUUAUCUGAGGUGGACUUUGCAUAUGAAUUAGCCUCUGGUUUGGUAACAAUGAACUUGCUCAAUAUGCCUCCUGAGGACCAGAAAGUUCAUACUAUUGAGAUCGAAUUAUGAAAAUAAUUUUUAUGAUUUCAAAGGCACUCUGUGAACAAGUAUUCGUUUUCAACAUGAGUCGAAGUGCUGGUGACAAGAGAUCGCUGUUUUCCAUUUUCUCUUCUGUAUUCUUCUGUUGGAUUUGUCAUUUUCCAUUUUUGACUGUGAUAUAUUUAAGUGGCCUAUAACCUGCACUUUU